GUUCUUCAAGAGCAGCUACAUGCAGUUGCCAGCUUCCCUCCAUGUGGUGCCCCAGCAUGCCCUGUGCUGGCGAUGCCACACAUACCAUUCAUCUGCCCUGGAGAAUGGAGCCUACCUCUAGGGGCACCAAUGCCUCUGCUCUGGAAAAAGACAUUGGUCCGGAGCAGUUUCCAAUCAAUGAGCACUACUUUGGAUUGGUCAAUUUUGGGAACACCUGCUACUGUAACUCCGUGCUGCAGGCAUUGUAUUUUUGCCGGCCAUUUCGGGAAAAUGUGUUGUCAUAUAAGGCCCAACAGAAAAAGAAGGAAAAUCUCCUGACUUGCCUGGCAGAUCUUUUCCACAGUAUUGCUACUCAGAAGAAGAAAGUUGGAGUUAUUCCACCAAAGAAGUUCAUAUCAAGGUUACGAAAAGAGAAUGAUCUCUUUGACAACUACAUGCAGCAGGAUGCACACGAGUUUUUAAAUUACUUGCUGAACACCAUCGCAGACAUUUUGCAGGAGGAGAAGAAACAGGAAAAGCAAAAUGGGAAAUUGAAAAAUGGCAACAUGAAUGAACCUGAAGAGAACAAUAAACAAGAACUCACCUGGGUGCAUGAGAUUUUUCAGGGAACACUGACUAACGAAACUAGAUGUUUGAACUGUGAAACCGUUAGUAGUAAAGAUGAAGAUUUUCUUGACCUUUCUGUUGAUGUGGAGCAGAACACAUCAAUUACACACUGUCUAAGAGACUUCAGUAACACAGAGACAUUAUGUAGUGAACAGAAAUACUACUGUGAAACUUGCUGCAGUAAACAAGAGGCACAGAAAAGGAUGAGAGUAAAAAAGCUGCCAAUGAUUCUUGCCUUACACCUCAAGAGAUUCAAGUACAUGGAGCAAUUGCACAGGUAUACUAAGCUGUCUUAUCGUGUAGUAUUUCCUCUGGAGUUGCGUCUCUUCAACACAUCUGGUGAUGCUGUCAACUUGGAUCGGAUGUAUGACCUGGUAGCUGUUGUUGUUCACUGUGGGAGUGGACCGAAUCGGGGGCAUUAUAUUACUAUUGUGAAAAGUCAUGGAUUUUGGCUCUUGUUUGAUGAUGACAUUGUAGAGAAAAUAGAUGCUCAAGCUAUUGAAGAAUUCUAUGGUCUGACCUCUGACAUAUCAAAAAAUUCUGAGUCUGGUUAUAUUUUAUUCUAUCAGUCAAGAGAGUGACUUGGCAAACUGUGAUAAUGACGCACAACAAUGCUGCACGCAAGGAAGGUGAUCUACCCCCAUGAACUGACUUUUACACAGACCACAUCUUGUAUUGUUGAACAACAAUAUAUUCUGCCUCCUAUUAAAUGAUCUAUGUGGCGUUGACUAUAACCAUUUUUGACACAUGAAACUUUAUUUUAGAGAGGGGGAUUGUUUGUUUGUUUUUUUUUUUAAGUCUGACAAAAAGUUAAUUGCAGUCAGAUUUUAGUGGAAUUUAUAUGGACUAACAUUUACAGAUAAUAAGAUUUGAAUGUCAACUAUUAAACCCAAUCAAGCUAGAGUAGUAUUUUUUAUGGAAGUGUUCAUUGUGUUUAGGGCAAAUUGUUUAAAACCUUCUAAAUGGCUUUGGAGUGUGUUGACUUACAAAGCAUUCCUUUAAAUACCUUCUGACAUGUAGUUACACAUUUUAAGUGUAAAGAAAAAGAAAUCUGUUUCAUAAUGAUUGGAAUUGUGGUUGCAUAGGGGAUUUUGUUGCAUGCUACUCUGCAGUGCAAGAGGAUAUUCUUCCCAAAUCAUUUAAGCUUUGGGUUAUGAAAACUGUUAAGUGCAUAACCCUAAGCCUAAAGUUCACAUAAAGAGAUUUAAAUUACAGUGGAACUAAGUAAUAUUGUGUGUCCAGUCACUGUGUUUAUCACAAGAUAGUACAGAUGAGGUGAGAUUUCAGAACUUGCAGAGAAUUGGGAUAAGUGGAAAGAGAUGACACAUAUGACACAGAGAAAAAGUGCAUUUAUAGAGAUGACCUUAUCUUUCUGUUAAAACAAUGCAAUACAUUGAGUUUUCAGACUUACCAACGCUGCUCAUGUAAAACAUAUCCAUUAUGGCUGAAAUUACAUAGUCCAGUUAAAAAUGUGUUGUUGGUACAAUACAUAGUACAAGGCUCAAUCCUGCAGUUUGCUGAAUACCUGUAGGGUCCCAUUUGCAUUUUUCAGGACACAGUCCUUUUGUUAGCCACAUGGAGAAUUUUUAAAGUUACAUAGCAACCCCUAGUUUACACACACUUUUGUGUAUUUAUCAUCACUAGCGUUUUGGCCAGGGUUGACAACAUUCAGGUCACCACAAAAACAGAUGGGGGUCAGAAGGGUGUGAUUUUAAAAACAUCAAAGGGCUUAGUGCAAGUGCUUGUGAUUUUAUUGGCACUAGUCAUGUACUGGUUAAUAAAAUUGCUGUACACACAUACUGGAAUUUGGCAAAGAAAGAAGGUAGAAGAAAGUAUCAAUAGGGUAUGAGAAGGAAUAAAUAGUAGGUUGAGGCAGUGGUAACGCUGCAUAACUGGCUUACUUGAUUUGACCCGUGUAGGCUGUUAUAUAAUUCGUGAACUUCAGUAGCCAAAUUCCAAUCCCAAUGUAGUCAACAGCAAAAACCUCCUGUUGUCUGCAAGGGGAGUAGGAGCUGGUUCCAGUAUUUAGAAGGAAAUAUUCUCAACUUACAGUAUUUAUUUUGAUGUAUUAUAUUUUAAUUCACUCUCUUACUGUAUUUAUUAGACAAUGUUGCUUUUGAUACUUCUUCUCUUUUAGAAGCCUGCCUGUCUCAGAGACUCCAUUUCAAGAAAUGUUUUUUGAAGCAGAGCUAAUUCUUAUAUUUUGGUUUUCUGUAGGAGAGGGAAUUCAUUGUAUUUUCGUUGUAAUCUGCUGUGAAUGUGAAAUAUCUUUUGUUAAAUUAUGGUGAAAAUGAAAUAUUAGCUUCUAGAGUAACACAAGUUGAAGAUCAGUUGGAUUUAUUGAUAGCAAUUUUGUAAACCAAGGAAAAAUAGCACUUUACGCCGAAGGAAAAACAAAACUGAACUUUUCAUUAGCAUGAUUUGAGAUUUAUCAUGUUGUUAUAUUGAUGCAAGAAAGCAGAUGUAUAAUGUAACCUUAGAGUACAGACUUGGAUGAAUAAUUGCAGUAGUCUACAGAGAUCAUUCACACAAAUAAAGGUUGUUAUGUAGGCUCAGGGCAAGCAUAAUUGGUAGGCAAUUCCAGUUCUUUUAUCAAUGGCGGAAUGCAAAUGUUCUGUCUUUAACACAGAAGACAAACAUCUUACAGGAGACUUCAGGUCUCACUGAGACCCAUGAAUAUUUCCACCGGAAAACUCAAUCUAUAGGUGUUUAAUAAUAAAUCCUUUUUUUAAUGGAUUUAUUCAUGAGCAUUUAGAAUUUCCGUAUAAAAAAUAUAAUAAUCACUUGGCUUUUAAAACAUGAAUAUUUCCUGGCUGUGACUAAACACACUUUCUAGAUCAGCAUUAACCAGUGUUGGUCAGAGGAUCCAUACUUCACAGUUUACUGCCAAACAUUCUUAGGGUAUUCUUCAGUUUUAAAACAAGCAACAAAAAAGAUAUCUUUAAUGUAUUGUUUCAGUGUUUAGGGCAAUGUUUCAAUAUUUGUAUGAACAGUACUUUUACAUUAAAAUAAUUUUAAAAUCAGUUCAAUUUUAGGAAAUGCUUUUCAGAUUUGGAUUGACUUAUCUGAGAAUUGAUUUUUUAAUGUUAAUAAAAUGAAGUAGUAUUUAAAUACUAAAGCAUAGGAUAUUGAUCUUUGUUACUCUCUGACUACUCUAGGGUGUAAAACAUACAGAAAAUUGCAAUAUGUUAUUUGACAGUAAAACGACUAGAGUAAGCUUUUUUUCAUAAAGUAUGAAAAAACAUUUUAAAAAAUAAAGUACCUAACUUUUCUGUUUAUAAAUGAGAAGAGAUGGAAAAUAUACAGCAAAGUGUUGGAAGGGUUCUUAAAGCAGGAGUUUGUGCUAGUCUGCAAAAAGAUUACAGCAGUGGACCACUGUCCAAAAUGAGUGGCCUGACCUCAACUCUAAAAAGUCGUGGAAAGUAUAUAAUGCUGAUCCUCACUUUUUGCUAACACGGGCUAAAUUAAGGAGCAUUUUCUUUUGAUCUAAAAAAAUUGCAGUUACAAUUCUGUAAGUCAUCUCCAGCCUACAGUAUGCUGAAUAUCUUCAUUCUAGUCCAGCAAAAGCUGUCCGUCACAGCUAUGUGAAUAGUUCCACUCCAGCCAGCACAGCUUCUCAUCUACAUCAAAUCUACAAAAAAAGUGCAUUCGCAAGAGUUUUGCAGAAAACCCAUGAUGUAAAGUAUUUCAGUUGAUUAAAUAAAAUGUAAUCCUUUUUCUCUUAUGCAGUAUGAGAUAUAGAUUUCCAGUACCUUAUGAAAGAAUGGAAAAAUAUCUAGGACAAUCAAAGCUUUUCAGCUAGCAGCUAGAAAAUAAAGUUGUAGCAGAGAUGCCAGAUAGUAUUCUCUGCUUCCCUAAAAUGACUGUUUUUGUGGUAUUAGGUUCUCAGUGUAUUAGGCCUAAGGAUAUCUGAAGCUCAUUACUUGUUUCACAUGCUGCUGCAUGAGAUAUAUUGUCCGUUUACAAAUCUUAUUACUAUGUUCUUACUUAGAGAAUAGAAUAUUUUUGUCCUGUGCUGUUCUUCCACUAAACCAAACAAAGUCCUGCAGUGCUGGUGAAUCAGUUAUGUUAGAGAAUGAGCUCAGACCUGAACUUCUAUGUUUCACAGAACAGACUGUCAGGAUUUUACGUAAUUUCUAUUUUUGGGACGGAGCAGAGGGAGGCGGAAGAGGGGAGUGAUGGAGAAGCCUCAUCAGUGAAAGCAGAACACCUUGUUGAAAUAUGUCCCACAAUUACUCCUUUUUAUUCUAUUUUAAUAAUUUAAAGUUACUGCAGAUCAGUAGAUUACAUCUUAAUGUGUUGUUCCUUCAGCAGUUGGAGUAAAGGAAAAGAAAAAGUCACAGGUGUUCCUUUGUAUUAGAUUUAAUAAAGAUAUUAAAGACCUAACUAAGCUGAAACUGGAAUUCAGCUGUAUGGUGGGUUUUGAAGUGCUACCAUACCUUUCUUUUAUCCUCAGACAUUAUGUUUCAUUCACCUCAUUCACUUGGGACCUGAACUGACAACUUGCAGCUGCCAGUGAUUUGAUGCCUCUUAGCAGCAGAGUCUUCUUGUUUUGCGCCUUUUCUGCUGCUUCUGGUGGGGAGGUUUGAACAUUACCUGUUAUAACUGAAUGUGUAUAAGACAUUUUAAGGGGUUCUAUCUUUGUAUCUGCUUUACCUUAGUACUUUUUUAACAGGGUUUGUUUUAAUUUAUUUCUCUUUUUGUUGCUCACUUCCUGUAUCUGUAUAAUAACUUAUGUAGCUAAUAUUAUCAGCCUUCUGUUUUUA